AUGGAUUUCUUUAUGCCCUCAUCAGCUGGGUGUAGAGCCGCCGGCGAGAGAAUGAAGACGAGCAGUGGGCUAACGUUUGCUCUUCAGGCACUUCUUAGCCGCCAUGAAUCUUACGUCUCCGACUCGGAACACGAGCACCAGCGGCUAACAGCCUAUAUCAACGAACUGGAAAACGAAAGGGCCGCUUUGCAGACUACAAACGACAAGAUUGUGGAGGAAAAUCGGCAACUCUUGACCCAGCUCGAAUCGGCCAAUACGUCCCUCAAGGAGAGCGACAACCAUGUCAAGAGCCUCGAAGCGCUCCUCCGUGACUGUGAAGUCGAGGUUCGAAGAUUAAACGGUCUCAGCCGGCGUACAGAGGAGUUGGAGCUGAAAAUACUUGAGAUGGAGAGGGAACGAAUGACAAUGGCCCAACAGGCAGAUGAUGCGAGAGGGGAAAUUCGGAGCACGAUCAAGCGGUGGAGAGAGAGCGAGAUCAAAGUCCGCCAACUCGAGCAUGAUGUUCAACGAAUCGAGUGGGAUGCAAAGGAGGACAGAGAGCGCUACGAAGAGAUCAUUGCGAGGCUCGAACGUGAACGUGUCUUGGAGAGGGAACUCGGGGGUGCGGAAGGUCGACUGAAAUCCGCUGCUGCGUUUCGCGGCCUCAACGCCAACGAGAAGAACAGCAAUGUGGUCGGCCACUUUGUGCGGGAUAUCCUCCAAGACAAUGCCAAUCUGCAGGCUGGUAUUGUUGAGCUAAAGGAGCUGCUUCAAGCGUCGAACGAGGAGGUGCAGAAUCUGAGAGAGCAGAUCCUGGAGCACCAGCCUGUAGACGACGGCAAUCCUGGGGCCAUCUCCACAUCUGUACCUUUGAGCGACCAACUAGGCUGGUCACAGCCCUCCGCGAGUGUGCAACAAUCCGUUCAUGUCCACCACCACUAUCACGCCAAACUUGCGAAGCGAGAUCGGACUCCGACGAUUCGAAGGUCAUCUCGCAAAAGGACAGCGCUGGGUCUGGGUUUUCUUCCAUCCACGCCAGAGUCUUCUGCACCUACAACACCCAUGGCCGGUCCAUAUCGAGUCGUUUCCAGCCCGGUGUUGCCCAUCGCUCUCCAUCAGCCACAAGCCAUGAGAAAGCGAUGGUCUCUACAGUCCGCUGCAACCAGCUCAUCUGUAAUGUCGAGUUUCCCAAGUUCUCCGCGAUCGUAUCUAGAGCAAUCCAGCUCCAUUUUCGACCGAAUUGAAGCCGGCGAAGAGUCCUCUAGGCCUACGAGUCCCGAGUCGACUGGCGGUUUCACAUCUCCCCAGCUCAAGUCUGCAUCUGAUUACGAUGAGAGAACAAAAGACCUACUAGCAGAAGAGGAUUUCCACGAUGACGCCACCGAAGUGUUUCCGGAGGACGAAAACACGGACGUGAAAGGUGAUGCUGACCUAGGCCAUGGAGAAGAGGUCAAAGAGUCAUCGUCUCGUGAUUUGACGCCCAAGCCCUCCCAGCUUCUUGUCGGUGCUGAACUAGUGGACAACACAAUCCAGCCAGAGCCGCCAGAUAUACUCAUUGAAGGGGAAGCGGUGGCGAACAUGUCAGACGAACCAACAGAGGAAGCAGAAAACAACACUCUGUCUCAGCCCACGACUCCAUAUAAACACGACGCGACCUCUAACCCUACCACACAACCCGUCCUUCGACGUACAUCCUCACACGACUCGCUAGUGUCCACAUCUGGCAUGGAUAUACAUAUUGCCAAACGUCCCAGUUCUUCGAAAUCCCAGUCAUCGAGUGUCCUAAGGGGAAACAAGGCAUACUUUGCUCUCUCGCCGUCUGCGACUCGAAGGAUCGUUUCUGCACAGCCAUUGACUACCGUCACGGAAUACACGGCGUUGAGCUCUACGAUAUCAUUGGGCACAGAUUGGCCAGGCAACGUGUCAAUUGGAAAUCAGGUGCCACAACGGAGUGUCAGCUCGAGCAUCGCCGCAUUGAGUGGCCUGGCAGAUCUAUUACCCUCCCAGUCAGAAGACCGACAAUCUUCAUCCUCAGGAUUUGGGCGUCUUCUCGGAGGAUGGGUGAGAGGCAAAUGGGGUGCUGCGCCCGUAAAGACCGAUGUCGACCUGCCUUCCCCGACCGCUUCAGUCACCACAUCGUCUUCGAGUGAAACCCAUGUACAAGCAUCGUUGCUUUCGUCGUACAUGGGCGGAAGGCCUCCUGGCAUCAAUCAGAAAGGACCUAUACCGGGGUUCAAGCCGGCGCCGAAGAUCGUGGGUGUACAGGUAACGAUGGUUGACGAAGAGGGCCUGAAGGCGAGCUUGGCAGAAGGGUUAUGA